AGACAAGUUCUUCUCUGGGCACUUGACCUUUAAAGCUCCACCUGACGGGCAGAUCAUGAGGAUUCCUGCAUUAAUCAUCGCAGUCUGCGUCUUCAGGCUUUGCGGGAAGAGUUGGGGUGGUCGGCUCGAAGGGUUAAGCUACCCUGGCGUCCACGGAGCCUCUGUUGUUGACGGCGACGGGAAUGAAGACGAAGAUGUUGUAGUAUCUGGACAGUUCACCUCAAGAAUCUCCGCAUCCACUGCCGACGAAGCUCAUGAUUCUGAAGAUGAGGAAGAUGACAUUGUAAAGGCCGUCACUGAUGUCGAAUGCAAAAGGAAUCCAGAUAACGCUGAAGACGAGGAUUUUGACGAUGACGAAGAGGAGGACUACAACACAGCAAAGGUUCGUCUGUACAUAGUUGACUUGUCUAAUGGAGAUAUGCGGGAAACGUGUCGACGUAGUAGACGUAUGUUCACGAGCGACGCAAACAGAACACGCAAAUCUAGACGUUCACGUCCAAAGGAUAUUGACAUUACCGAUCCAGAUGAGAACCUUUGCAAAUCUUUUGACUAUUACUAUGACGAUGUUCCCACCAAGUUUAUCGUUCCAAACAGAAGAUACACCAUCGGAAAGUUGUUGGACGGAGCUACAGAGAUUUGGAAGGCUGAGAACGGAGAGAGCUGUACGUAUUGCUACCUGCAUUACAGGGAUAAAACGCCAAUUCUAGUACACAUGCUCGAGGAAACAAAGACUGGAGAAAACUUUAAAACUCUUAUUAAGGGGGAGAAUAGAGUUUGGGGUAAUGCAUACAGCUACUCUGAUGCAUUAUCCAGAUUGCGAAUUCCCGUAGAACAAACUACACAGUUCCUUUUGAACUUGACUGCUGACAGUGAUACCGCUGAGUGCAGGAUAUUUAACUCUACAAUUAAUGAUGUCACCGUACGGUUCUACAUUCCAAUGUCAGGAUUUCAUGCGAACAAGGUCUACUCUGGUGCAAAAGAACUUUGGGCAUGCGGAUCGACUAAAAGUGUGUUUUCCUCCAUCAAAGGUACACCCAAGGAGAGAGUGAUAAUCCUAACGGCAUAUUUCAAGGAUGGAAGGCACCACCUCAUUAAAAUGAUCACGAAAGAUAGUAACGGGAAAAGCGACUCAAUUCAUUUUGAGGAGAGAAGUGGUGAUUGGGACUUUAUCAACUCCAACAUCUUUGAAGAUAAAAGGAAAAAACUUGGAAAGGUCUCGACGAGCUAA